UGAGGAUAUGAAAGUUCCAUUCUUCUGAAGUGCGCAACUGACGGAAAUUGAUGGAAUUACUCGAUUUGGAAGAGGAAAAGUAAACUUUGACACUGGAUUAACUUGUACGGUGGAGAUAUCAGUUCCAAUAUAAGACUUCCGGCUUGUGUUAUUUCACAUUUAAUCCAUUGGGUGAUUUUUGUCGGGCAUCCCCAAACACCCCUUCUAACGGUUGUCUGAGCUCGGGUCGAGUGGUCUUUUUACGCACAGCUUUGCGCCAUGGCCAACGCGUGUCUCCAACUGAGCGGCUUCCUCGUCAGCUGCCUCGGCUGGCUGGGCAUCGUCAUCGCCACAGCCACCAACGACUGGGUGAACAUGUGCAAAUACGGUCUGAACACCUGCAAGAAGAUGGACGAGCUGGGAGCCAAGGGACCGUGGGCGGACUGUGUCAUCUCCACGGGCCUGUACCACUGCGUCUCUCUCACGCAGAUCCUGGACCUGCCAGCCUACAUCCAGACGACCCGCGCCCUGAUGAUCACGGGUUCAAUCCUGGGUCUCCCAGCGGUGGGGAUGAUCCUCAUGUCCAUGCCCUGCAUCAACCUGGGCCAAGAGCCGCAGAGCUCCAAGAACAAGCGCACCAUCCUGGGAGGAGUGCUCAUACUCAUAGUCGCAUUGUGUGGUAUGGUGUCUACGGUCUGGUUUCCCAUCGGGUCUCACCAGGAGCACGGCCUCAUGUCCUUUGGCUUCUCCCUCUACACUGGCUGGGUGGGCACCAUUUUCUCCCUGCUGGGUGGGUCCAUCCUCACCUGCUGCUCAUCGGACUCCUCCUCCUCCUCCUCCCACUCCUACCAGGACAACAACCGCUUCUACUACUCCAAGCAGGGCGGAGCCCCGCCAGCCGCCCCCUCCACCAAUCACGCCAAGAGCGCCCACGUCUGAGCCGGGGAGAGAUUCUGAAUCCCCAGCGUGGAAGUGUAGGAGGACUGUUUGUACAUAGAGAUCUAUACACAAGAGCACAACAGACACAUAUUCACAUUCAGUACACUAAGAAGAUUACAUGCAAAAACCUAUACUGGAAGAGAAGAAGACACAUUCAAAUACACAUUCAUGUUGGUUUAAGGGAAAUAUAAUGCACAAACGCAUUACAAAAGAGACAUUCACACAUACAAACACACAAGGACGGAUUUUGUCGGAGCUCUUUUGUCGCCGAUGGAUUGGUUUGUAUCGCGGAGCUCGUCAUGUCGGCCGUGGUGCGGACUCAAGCCAUACAGCGCGAAGUUCAUAACCACCCGAGGCCUCGUGGACUGAAAUAUUCAUCUUCUUAUAUUACUUCUAUUUUUCUAUUGUGCAUCUUGAGAUGAAAUCUCCAGAGUGGCUCUGUUGAUUCAAAAUAUUUGUGAAUCAUAUAAUAUCAUGAUGUGUUGUUUUGAUAAGAGCGGCCUACAUGACAACGUUGACAUUUGUUUGUGUACAAUUGUUUUAUUUUUCACUCGACAGUAUUGAGCAACUCUCUCUUGCACAUUUGCCUCUUGAGUGGUAGAUUUGAUUAGCGCCGCUUUUUCUGGCUAUUGCGGGAAAACAAGUAGAAUGACGGGAACAUGAAGACUUGAGAUGUGCACUGACUCGGCAAAAACUACUUAUUAGAGAGAAGUAAACUGACAUCUUUUGUGCAUAACUGUCGUCCUAUAGUGGUAUGUCAUAAUCUAAAGUUACCUUACACAUUUUUCUUUGACUAACGUGCUUCUACAACUGAGUGACAAAAAAAGCAGCUUAUCCUGUACGAAUUUCCAUAAAACAUCCUAGUCCAACGUCCUCACAUAGAGUAGUUCUUAAAAAGGUAUGUUUCACUAAUGUGCAUCAGAAGAAAAAAACAAAAAGUAUUAUGUUAGAUUAGCUUCUCUUGAAGGGAACCUGAUGACUUGAAUGUUCAGUAUCUUGAAUGUGCUCUGAUCUGCACAGAUGGAACCUUUAUAUUCCCAUAUAUAUAUAUAUAUAUAUAUAUAUAUAUAUAUAUAUAUAUAUAUAUAUAUAUAUGUGUGGACGAACCACAUAUUUCCAACUCAGAUACUGUACCUACAGCAUAGAAGCAGUAUUAGCCGGUUAUUUAUUGUUUCACUGAUGUGCUAUCGUUUGUAUUUUCUACAAUAAAAAAAGACAAAAUGAUCAAAA